CUCUGCUAUUGAUUCGCGCUACGGUAGCAUUUUCCGACAAGGCAGCACAAAUCGUCAGAACACCGGCAUCAAACUUUUUUCAUGGCUGAACGGCGAACUGAGUCGCACAAAUGCAGUUCUGUUUUGCACACGUCUCUCAAACGAAGAACCAGGAAAUACGGUGGAGGGAAGCUGAAACUUAAGCUGUUGUAUGUUUUUUCUCUAUUGGUGUUUAUGCUAAAUGCAGUGAAAUGGCAGAAGCCAGCUUUUCAGAGGACCAGUUCAUCUGUCCAAUAUGUCUAGAUCUUCUGAAGGAUCCAGUAGCCAUUCCCUGUGGACACAGUUACUGUAUGAACUGUAUUACAAAUUGCUGGAAUCAGGAUGAUCUGAAGGACGUCUACAGCUGCCCUCAGUGCAGACAGACCUUCACUCCUAGACCUGCUUUAAAUAAAAACACCAUGCUGGCUGAAGUGGUGGAGAAACUAAAGAAGACUAAAUUCCAAGCUGCUGCUGCUCACUGUUACGCUGGUCCUGGAGAUGUGGAGUGUGACGUCUGUACUGGACGAAAACACAAAGCCGUCAAGUCUUGUCUGGUGUGUCUGGAAUCUUACUGUCAAAAUCAUUUUGAGCGUCAUGAGGAAUUUCGCUCAGAUAAACCACACAAAGUGACUGAUGCCACAGGACGACUUCAGGAGAUUAUCUGCCGUCAACAUGAGAAGCUUCUGGAGGUUUUCUGUCGUACUGACCAGAACUUCAUUUGUAUGAUGUGUACAAUGGAUGAACAUAAAAACCAUGACACUGUUUCCACAGCAGCAGAGAGGAUAGAGAAAGAGAGUGACUUGAAGGAGACACAGAGAGAAAUCCAGCAGAGAAUCCAGCAGAGAGAGAAAGAUGUUGAGGAGCUGAUAGAGGCUGUGAAGUCUCAUAAGCGCUCUGCUCAGACAGCAGUGGAGGACAGUGAGAGGAUCUUUACUGAGUUGAUGCGCUCGAUUGAGGGAAGCCGCUCUGAGGUAACACAGCUGAUCAGAGAUCAAGAGAAAGCUGCAUUGAGUCAAGCAGAAGGACUUUUGGAGCAACUGAAGCAGGAUAUUGCUGAUCUGAAGAGGAGAGAUGCUGAGCUCGAGGAGCUUUCACACACAGAUGAUCACAUCCUUUUCCUACAGAAUUUUCAGACACUCUCUGCACCUCCUGAAUCUUCAGACAAUACCACUGCCAGUUUCCUUUGCUCAUUUGAUGGCAUGAGAGAAUCUGUGUGUCAGCUGAGCGUACAACUGGAAGAUUUCUGCCAAAAGGAGAUAAAAAAGAUAUCUGUCACACACAUCAACAUUGUUCCUAAGACCAGAGAGGAGUUUCUACUGUAUUCCCAUCAGUUCACUCUGGAUCCAAACACGGUGAAUAAAUGUCUCAGUCUGUCUGAGGGAAACAGAGCGGCUACUUACAUUGGCAGAAUCCAGCAGUAUCCUGAUCAUCCAGACAGAUUUGAUAGUUAUCUUCAAGUGUUGUGUAGAGAGAGUGUGUGUGGAGCCUGUUACUGGGAGAUUGAUUGGACUGGGAGUGUGUUUAUAUCAGUGUCAUAUAAGAGCAUCAGCAGGAAGGGAGAGGGUGAUGAGUGUGGCUUUGGGUAUAAUGAUCAGUCCUGGAGUUUGUCCUGCUCAUCCUCCAGAUGUUCAUUCAGUCACAAUAACAAACACACUGAUCUUCCUGUAGUGUGCAGCACCUGUAGAAUAGGAGUGUAUGUGGAUCACAGUGCAGGAACUCUGUGCUUCUAUAGUGUCUCUGACACAAUGACCCUCAUCCACAGAGUCCAGACCACAUUCACCCAUCCUCUAUAUCCUGGAUUUUGGGUGUAUGGAUCAAUGACACUGUCUGAUUUAACAGUAUAGAUAAUAGAGAUUUGACACAUCAUACUGCCAUAUCACAGUAUUAAAGGCUACAUGAUAAACCAGUAACCGUGUGGUGCUAUUGGGUCUGCCUUGUUUUCUAAUCAUUUAAUCAAUACUACUUUUAACUGAAAUAACAUUGUUAGUUGUGAAAGAGUGUCAUAACCACUUUAAAUAAUAUAUUUUUGUGAGUGAUUUUGAAAUGCGUUGUAUGGGUAGCAUCAGAAAUAAUAUUUACAUAAGAUUAAAAGGUUGAUUUUGAGACAUUUUGAUCUAACACGCAAUAUUUAAAAAAAUUGCAAUUUACUAUGCUUAACUUUAUAUACUAUACUGUAUGCCUUUUCUAAUGAGUCCACAAACAUUACAAAAAUGAAGGUCAUACAAGUGUUUUUAAUUUAUUACAAAACAGAUAUUUAAGUAUAUUCCAUAAGACAAAAUAAUAACAGAAUUUACACUAAUUAUAUUUCACAUAAUGUGGCAUACCCUUGUUUCUUAAUAUUGUGUUUCCUCCUCGAGCGUCAGUGCAUGUUUUUAGCCAUUUGUAAUGGUGGUCUUGCGGAAUAUAUGUAAAUGUAUGUUUUGUCUAAUAGUUUAAUCAGGACAAUACUAUAUUAAAAACAAUCUUUUUUAUUUCUUGAAAUGAUAAACAUCUUGCAUAUUAUGUAAGGGGUAUGUACGCUUAUGAAUUGAAAUAUGUUUUUUUAUCACAACUUUUCAUUAUAAAAUUUUUUGUUCAAGGUGAUUAAAUCAGUGAAUAAAUACACAAAAUU